AUGAGAAUGACGACUACUCCAAGGCCUCAAAUUGUUGACAUUGAGCCGACCAAUGUCGAUGCUGAACCGCAAUGGGCCCAUGCCGACGCUACUGAUAUUGGGAAAAAGCCUGAUCCUACACCACAACGCCAAGAUGCAUUUGGAAAUGAGGAAUUUGCGGAGGUUAAAUACAAGGUCCUGAGGUGGUGGCAAGGUGGUUUGCUCAUGGUUUCCGAAACCAUCUCACUAGGCAUAUUGUCUCUUCCGGCAGCCGUAGCAGGCAUGGGACUUACUCCAGCCCUUGUCGUCCUCAUUGGCAUGGGCCUUUUGGCUACGUAUACCGGAUAUCUCAUCGGAAAGUUCAAGUCGAGGCAUCCUCAUAUUUCCAGCAUGGCUGAUGCAGGGGAGGUUCUAAUGGGCCGGUUUGGAUAUGGGCUGUUUGGAACUGCACAAUUGCUCUUCCUCGUAUUCAUUAUGGCAAGCCAUAUCCUGACCUUUACCGUGGCGCUCAAUGCCAUUACCAAGCAUGCCACUUGCUCAAUUGUUUUUGGCGUUGUGGCCUUGAUUCUUUCACUUAUCUGUUCUUUGCCGCGGACACUGGAGAAAGUCUCCUGGCUGUCACUUGUCUCCUUCGCCAGUAUUUUAUCCGCUGUCUUGAUCUGCAUGAUCUCCCUAGGCAUCCAGAACCCCGAUGUUAUUAUUAGUGCGACCGUCGAAACAAAUUUGGUGACUGGUUUUACAUCUGCCGCGAACAUUGCUUUCUCUUACGUCAGCCACAACACCUUCUUCACAUUCAUUGCCGAGCUGAAGGACCCCAAAGACUUUCCAAAGGCCCUCGCACUUCUUCAAACUGUUGACAUAACGUUGUACAUUAUUGCGGCUGUCGUAAUCUACCGUUAUGCUGGUGCGGACGUCACUUCUCCGGCCCUGGGGUCCGCAGGUCCCCUGGUGGCUCAGAUCGCCUAUGGCGUGGCUCUCCCUACAAUUGUCAUUGCGGGCGUGAUCAACAGCCACGUCGCAGCCAAAUCAAUAUACAUCAGUCUCUUCGCAGGGACUGACCGAAUGCACAAACGAGACUGGGUAUCUGUUGGCUCAUGGAUUGGCAUCGCCGCAGGCCUGUGGGUACUCGCAUGGGUAAUUGCAGAGUCAAUUCCUGUUUUCAACAAUCUUCUUAGUCUGAUCACCGCACUUUUCGGCAGUUGGUUUACCUUUGGCUUCACUGGUAUCUUUGGUCUGCACAUGGACAAAGGGUUAUGGUUUUCGUCUCCCAAAAAGACAUUGCAAACCUUGCUUAACACUUUUGCUAUUGCUGUUGGGGUCGUGUUGUGUGUACUUGGACUUUAUAGCUCGGGAAAGGCGAUACAUGAUAACCCCGGUAGUGCGAGUUUCUCAUGUACCAAUAAUGCAUGA